CGACUGGUGCAUCCAUCAUUUGAUGAGAAGUCCAACCCAUUGAACUGUUGGGACUGAUAGUAGUAGGCUUAGGAGGACGGCCUAGAGGAUAAUAACAUCCAUUGAGGACGAUGGACCUUGGAUACGCCAUUUAUCAUACAUGUGAAUCCAAAUCUGUAAAACCAGCUUCCCUGUCCACGAACCUCAUUUUCUCAAAAUACCCAACCAUUCAUGAAGUCCAUCAAUCCUUUUUCCCGCCAUUUUUCAAUUGCCAGACAACUGCAAAACCUAGUCUCGUCAACCCAGAAAAGCACAGCUCUCACGGAGGAGUUGUGCGGUAACAUAUUGGACCAAUGCCCAGAUAUCAAAACCCUGAAGAAACUCCAUUCCAGGAUCAUUGUUGAUCAACGUCUCCGUUCAAACCCUUCGCUUGGCAUCAAACUCAUGAGGGCUUACGCGGCUUACGGGGAACCCAGUCUCACACGCCAAGUAUUUGAUGAAAUUCCUGACAAGAACGUUGUUUUCUUUAAUGUCAUGAUAAGAAGUUAUGUAAACAACCAUUUGUACUGCAAUGCUCUUCUUGUUUACAAAACCAUGGCUAACCAUGGAUUUGAGCCUGAUAAUUAUACAUACCCUUGUGUGUUGAAAGCAUGUUCUGGGUUGGAUGAUUUGAGGGUUGGCUUGCAAAUUCAUGGUGCUGUUGUAAAAGUCGGGUUGGAUUUGAAUUUGUUUAUCGGCAAUGGUCUUGUUGCAAUGUAUGGGAAAUGUGGUUGUUUAGUGGAGGCUCGGCGAGUUCUUGAUGAGAUGCCAAGCAGAGACGUGGUUUCCUGGAAUUCUAUGGUUGCUGGGUACUCACAAAAUGCACGGUUUGACGAGGCAUUAGAGGUUUGUAAAGAAAUGGAGGUGUUGAGGCUAAAACCAGAUGCUGGUACAAUGGCUAGCCUUUUGCCAGCUGUAACUAACACAACAUCUAAUAAUGUUUCAUAUGUUAAGGACAUGUUCAUGAAGUUGGCAAAAAAGAGUGUGGUUUCAUGGAAUGUGAUGGUGGCAGUGUAUGUUAAUAAUUCAAUGCCUGGUGAAGCGGUCAAUUUAUAUUUACAGAUGGAAGAAUGUGGGAUAGAACCCGAUGCAGUCACGAUUGCUAGUGUUCUUCCUGCUUGUGGGGAUCUUUCAGCUCUGUCUCUAGGUAGACGGAUGCAUGAAUAUGUUGAGAGGAAGAAACUUCGACCAAAUUUGUUAUUGGAGAAUGCCUUGGUUGACAUGUAUGCUAAGUGUGGAAGCUUACGAGAUGCAAGAGAAGUAUUUGACAGAAUGAAGUUCCGGGAUGUUGUAUCAUGGACCUCAGUGAUCUCUGCAUAUGGUCUUAAUGGGCAGGGUCGUGAUGCUGUGGCACUUUUUGCAAAAAUGCAAGACUCAGGUCUGUGUCCGGAUUCUAUUGCCUUUGUUUCAGUUAUCUCGGCUUGCAGCCAUGCAGGACUGUUGGAGGAGGGUCGAUAUUACUUUAAAUUGAUGACUGAGGAGUAUAGGAUAAUUCCAAGGAUUGAACACUUUGCUUGCAUGGUAGAUCUGUUAGGACGUUCUGGACAAGUAGAUGAGGCCUACCAUUUCAUUAAGCAGAUGCCAGUGGCGCCUAACGAGAGAGUUUGGGGGGCUCUCCUGAGUGCCUGUCGGGUGUACUCAAACAUGAAUGUUGGGCUUUUAGCUGCUGAUCACCUUUUUGAACUGAAUCCUGAGCAGUCGGGUUAUUAUGUCUUGUUAUCCAAUAUAUAUGCGAAGGCUGGUAGAUGGCAAGACGUAACAACUAUCCGAUCAAUAAUGAAGAGUAGAGGAAUUAAGAAAAUGCCCGGCAUCAGCAACGUUGAGCUCAAUCAUCAGAUUCACACCUUUCUUGCUGGUGACCAAUCACAUCCCCAGUCUGAGGAGAUAUAUGAAGAGUUAGAUGUAUUAGUGGGGAAGAUGAAAGAAUUAGGUUAUGUUCCCGAGACUGAUUCUGCUCUACAUGAUGUGGAGGAGGAGGAUAAGGAGUGUCAUCUGGCAGUUCAUAGUGAGAAGUUGGCUAUUGUCUUUGCCAUACUGAACACCGAGCCUGGGAUGCAAAUUAGAAUUACCAAGAAUCUCCGUGUUUGUGGGGAUUGCCAUAUUGCAGCCAAGCUCAUCUCCAAGAUAGUUGAACGUGAGAUAAUUGUCAGGGAUACUAAUCGUUUUCACCAUUUCAAGAAUGGUAUUUGCUCAUGUGGUGAUUAUUGGUGAACCUUCAUUGGAGUACUUGUCACUUGCACUGUUGCUUGGAGCUUCUUUAGGCCUUUUGUCGAUAACAGUGAUUCUGAAACUGAAAAGUCUUUAGAUCAUGAGAUCGUGGAUGAUUUUGGCUGGCUGCAGCUGUUAUUCUUGACCUUUACAUGAUCACCAAUCCUCACCCAUGUAAUGAUCUACUGCCAGAAACCUGCACUGUCUAAGUCCUGGCAUCCAUAUUUCCCAUAUUUUUAUUUCCUAUCUGGAUAUAUGAUCAAGUGAAUCUGUAUAUUGCGGUCUGAGUGAUUCUAAUUUCUCAGGGGCAGUUUCUGACGAUGGCAGAAGUAGAAUUCAUAAACUUUGCGUGAGACGUGCAUGACUGCAAUUGGGUACAACUCCAAGUCAAAUACCAAAAAUUGGUCAGAAAUCAGAGUUAUGGUAACAUUCAAGAGAUGUGUAUCAUGGAAAACUGGAGCUCAUGAAGACUAGAGAAUACAUGCGGCCGAAGAUUCUUCUGCUGGUUGCGUAGAAAACUGCUGGCUUUUCUCUUCUUCGUUGAAAUUCAGUCCAGCUGACUGCCUUAUGGAAACCCCAUCUCUUGCACCUGACCUUGACUAUCAAAUUUAAUUAAGGGUAGAUAGAGCAUGUCAACUCAACGAACAUGUAUGCGAGAUAGAUGCCAGAAUACAAAGAAGCAUUUCUCCUAAGGUCCUAACGUUUUGCAGUUAAAUAAUGAUGGCUGAUAAAAUGUGAGAAAAGAGCAUUUGAAUUCAGAUCUUUAUUAUUUUUGUAGCCAAGAAAAUGAUUAUAAUUCUGCAUCCUAGAUUUCCAACUAUUUUGCUUGCUCAUUCCA